AAACCACUAUUAGUCUAUUAUAAGGAUCGAUCGAUCGAUCAAUCAUCUUUCUCCCAUAUCGCAUUUGCCCCCAUGUCUUUAGCUGUCUCGUAACUCUUUUCUGAUCCAGUCAUGAGAACAGUCACUGACUUAGCAGCUAGAAUAGGCCGAGCAUUGAUCUCCGCAUCCAACCAUGCAAACCCAAAUCCGACUUGGACUCCGUCUCUCGAACAGACCCUUCUCCGACUUGGUUGUCGUGAGUCGCUGACUCCGUCACUUGUCGCUCGUGUCAUCGACUCCUUCCCCUCCACUCACUAUUCUCUUGCUCUCGGCUUCUUCAACUGGGCCUCUCGGAAACCUGGAUUUUCCCAUGAUUCAAUCUCUUAUCAGUCAAUUCUCAAAUCUCUCUCGUCUUCCCGCCAAUUUAAUGCCAUUGAAACCCUCUUAAAGCAAGUCAAAGCUCAGAAACUCUCUCUUGACCCCUCGGUUUAUCGCUUUAUAAUUAGUUCUUUGAUCAAAGGAAAGAAAACCCAGAACGCAAUCUGGGUUUUUAAUGAAGUGAACUCUUUGAGUGCAGAGCUGGGAUCUGAAUUAUGUAACUCACUUUUGGCUACUUCAGUUUCAGAUGGUUACUUUGUUGAGUCCCAGAAAGUGUUUGAUGAAAUGUUUCAUAAAGGUAUUGUUUUUAAUACAAUUGGGCUUGGUUUGUUUAUUUGGAGUUCCUGUAAAAAUGGUGAAUUGAGUAAAGUUUUAAGUUUGUUAGAUGAAGUGAAAAAAGGAAGUUCUUGGGAUGUUAAUGGAUCAAUCAUCGCAGUUUUGGUAGUUCAUGGACUUUGUUUCUCAUCAAGAGAAUCAGAGGCUUUUUGGGCAUUGGAUGAGUUGAGGAGCAGAGGUUGCAAGCCUGAUUUUAUAGCUUAUAGCAUUGUAGAAGAAGCGUUCAGAAUGACCAACAAUGUGGUUGAGAGGGAGUUGGUUUUGAAGAAGAAGAGAAAGCUGGGUGUGGCUCCAAGGAGUAAUGACUAUAGAGAGUUUAUCUUAGGGCUGAUCCUGGAGAGGCGGAUAAGUGAAGCAAGGGAUUUAGGUGAAGCCAUUGUGAGUGGGAAUUUUCCUAUUGAAGAUGAUGUUUUGAAUGCAUUGAUAGGAUCAGUUUCCAGGAUUGAUCCUGGUUCAGCAAUCAUGUUUUUGAAUUUCAUGGUUGGGAAAGGGAGAUUACCCACUUUGUCAACCUUGAGUAAUUUGAGCAAGAAUUUUGGCAAGCGUAGCAAGGGUGAUGAAUUGUGGGAAGUUUACCAGGUUUUGUCUUCACAUGGUUAUUUCUCGGAUUUGGAGAGUUACAGUGUGAUGGUUUCAUUCUUCUGCAGGGCUGGGAGAUUAAGGGAGGCUUAUAAGGUUCUUCAGGAGAUGAAGACAAAAGGGUUAAGCCCAAAUGUCUUGUUUUACAAUCAUCUUAUGGAAGCAUGUUGUAAAGAAGAUUUGGUGCGUCCUGCCAAAAGGCUGUGGGAUGAGAUGUUUGCAAGUGGGUGCCCAGGAAACUUGAGUACAUACAAUAUCCUCAUUGGAAAGCUCUCACAGAUAGGGGAAGUUGAAGAGGCUACGCGCCUUUUUUGUCAUAUGGCAGAGAAAGGGGUAACACCGGAUGCUACAACAUAUACAGCUCUUCUCGAAGGACUUUGUCAAGAAUCAGAUUUUAAAUCUGCUUUUGAAAUCUUCAAUAAAUCGGUUGAACAGGAUGUGAGACUUGCACAAACAAUAUUGGGCACUUUUGUCAUACAUCUCUGCAGAAAAGGUCAGUUUCCUGUUGCUUCUAAGUUGCUUUGUGUUCUAAAUUCUGAUAUAGCUCAAUCAGAUACCCAUGUUGUUAUGCUGAAAUGCUUAGCUAAUGCUAAAGAGAUUCAAUUAGCGAUUAAACACAUACAACGGGUUCGAGGUACCUCACCUUCAAUUUUGCAAGCUAUAUUCAGCAAGCUUGCUGCCUCUGUUUCUUCUACUUCGGGACCAAACUCUACCGAGCAGUUGCUUCAAGCAAUACAGGAGGAAGGUCCGGUUGAUUGCAAAAUCUACUAGCAAGAGCAAGUAUAUGCUAUGGAACCCCCCACUUAAUCCUAAAAUAGAACUCAAAAAGGGGUAGGGAGCAAAUCCAUAAGAGAGAUACUGCUUGAUAGCUUUUCACUCUUUAUUUAUUCUUAUUGUCAGCAGUUUUCUUAAGAAUUUUGCCUUCAGGUAUUACUCCCCAUCAUUUUCCUUUGUUAUUUUCCCUUCCUUUUUUCUAUUGUUGUAGAUAUCCAAAUGUUCAUUUGCAUUCAGGAAUUUAUUUUAGAGUAAAUUAUUAAAAUAGUUAAUUUUGUUUGACUUAGUUAUAUAUAUAUAUUUUUCUAUGUAACAGACAAAAAAAGACAUACUUUAUAUUUAUUUACUUGUAUAUUAUAGGCAACCAACAAUAACAAGCAGGUUAGAGGUUUGUGUGUUCA